UACCUCUGAGUUUAAGUCUUUUGCGCUCCGGCACCUCUAAAGUGUGCUCCGUCACUGCACUGCCCUUCUACACAAAUAAAAUACAAGAUUUCAUCCAGCCUAAUAGGGAAGCCAGUGAUUACUGUGGUUUCUCUCUCCUGAGUUCUUCUGCUCUGUGUUUAUAAUUCAAUCUCGGAGUGAAGGUUUGGCAAAGCUCCGGCGUUCCUCCGUCAAGAUACACGAACAGCCUGCACUGCAGAGACUCACAUUUUCCUCAUGCGGGAGCUGCGUACAGCUGAUCCACUAGACUGCUGAUCUCCUGUCUGAGAAACAACGCACAGGGAAGGCAACGGAAGGGAGGGAGUCAGGGAAAUAAAGCACCGUCCUCCUUAUGCGUUAUGUUGGGCAAUAGAAAGAAAGCAGCCUCGGUGGUGAAGAAUGGAGCCGGGACGUCCGAGUGCAAGGCCAUCGAUCCCCUGAGGAAUCUGGGAGUGGAGGAUAAUGAAGAUGUGAGGCAGAUGAUGCAGGGCUCCAGUAUGGUAAAGGUCCGCUCGCCUCGCUGGCAGAAGCGACGAACGCUGAAGCUGCUGGGAGACGGUGUCACUGUCUGGUGUCAGUCCCACAAAACCUCCAGCCGGGCCAAGGAACAACAGUCCUUCUCUGUCAUGGAUGUGGAGUGCAUUCGUGAGGGUUGCCAGUCAGAGACAUUGCGUCGAAUGGCCGGCUCAGUACCUGAGGACCGGUGUUUCACUGUGGUCUUCAAAGGGUCCCGCAAGAGCCUGGAUCUCCUCUGCCAAAGUCAGAAGGAGGCUCAGUACUGGACCCGUGGCAUCCGAACCCUGCAGGAGAGGGUGAACAACAUGACCCAGAAGGAGAAACUUGACCACUGGAUUCAUGCUUUCCUGAGUCGGGCCGACCAGAACCAUGAUGAUAAGAUGAGCUACGAAGAAGUCCAGACACUGCUGCAGAUGAUCAAUAUUGACCUGAGUAAUCAGUAUGCCCUCAGCCUCUUCCAGAAAUGUGACCGGUCAGCUGACGGUCGUCUGGACCAGACAGAGAUUGAAAUUUUCUGCAGGGAGUUGUUACGGAGACCGGAGCUGGAUGCUGUGUUUAUUCAUUACUCUUCAAAUGGCUGUGUGCUUUCCACUGUGGACCUGAGGGAUUUCUUCGAGGACCAGGCGGAGGACGCUUCACUCAUCCAUGCUCAAAGUGUCAUACUCACCUAUGAAGUUAAUGAGUGGGCCCAAAGGAACCAGUUCAUGACUCCCAAUGGUUUCACCAUGUACAUGCUGUCAAAGGAGAACUGUGUGUUUAACCCGGAUCAUGCUAGGGUUUAUCAAGACAUGAAACACCCACUGACACACUACUUCAUCUCCUCCUCCCACAACACCUACCUCACUAAGGACCAGCUGACUGGAGACAGCAGCACAGAGACUUACAUCCGUGCCCUGAAGCAUGGCUGCCGUUGUGUUGAGCUGGACUGUUGGGAUGGAGAUAAAGGAGAGCCAGUCAUCUACCAUGGACACACACUCACCUCCAAAGUGCCUUUUGUCGAAGUCAUUGAGACUAUCAAGGAAUAUGCUUUUAAAGCAUCUCCUUACCCUCUGAUCCUGUCCCUGGAGAACCACUGUUCUGUGGAGCAGCAGACAGUAAUGGCUCGACAACUGCGAUCCAUCCUGGGAGACAAGCUGCUCACGAAGCCCCUCAGUGAUCUGGACCCUUACAUCAUGCCUUCCCCAGAGGCUCUUAAGGGUAAAAUCCUGGUGAAGGGGAAGAGGGAGCGUGUGGUGGAGGAGUGCUCCUCCUGCUCUUCAGACCUCAGCUCGUCAGACGACGAGGCCAGCCACAACGAAUGCAAACCCUCGACAAAGAACGAGGACAAGAAGCCAGGUGUGUCUAAGCUGAGUCCAGAGCUGUCAGAGCUGGUGGUGUACACCUGCAGUGUCCACUUUAAAAGCUUUGAACAAGCAGCUAAAAACCCAGCAACUGACAUGUCCUCAUUCUCGGAAAGUGAAGCGCUUAGGCACAUUAAGGACUCAGGGAUGCAUUUUGUGCGUCACAACAACCACCAGCUCAGCAGGAUCUACCCCUCAGGCCAGCGCCUCCAGUCCUCCAACUACAACCCCCAGGAGAUGUGGAACGGAGGUUGUCAGAUUGUUGCUUUGAAUUUCCAGACACCUGGUGAGCAGAUGGACCUAAACCAAGGCCGGUUCCUGCAGAAUGGUCAGUGUGGGUACAUCCUGAAGCCUCCCUUCAUGUGUCAGCCUGACACCACGUUCAACCCGGAGAAUGUUGGUGGAGGUCCUGGCCACAGACCUGUCCUGCUCACUGUUAAGAUUAUUUCAGCUCAGCAGCUCCCAAAACCUGAAUGGGACAAGCCUAGCUCCAUUGUGGACCCUCAGGUGUGGGUGGAGAUACAUGGUGUUCCCAUAGACAACAAUAAGAAGAAAACCCAUCAUGUUGACAAUAAUGGUUUUAAUCCGCGGUGGGACUGUACCUUUAACUUUACUGUCCAUGUCCCUGACCUGGCUCUGGUUCGCUUCAUGGUGGAAGACCAUGAUUAUACUUCAAGAAAUGACUUCCUAGGACAAUACACCCUGCCUUUUACAAGUCUCCGUACAGGUUAUCGUCAUGUCCGACUGCUCAAGCUGGAUGGCUCCAGCCUUUCGCCGGCCUCACUCUUCGUCCAUGUUAAGGUCACCCAAUGUCAGAGCGGUCCCCCAAAAUCAUCAGCUACAUCAUUGGCCGGGUCACCGACCAAGUCUUAAGCCAAGAAACCCUAAUCCCAUCUCUACAACAUAGCAUCAUGACGCAUGGAGGCCACCAUGGGAAGAUCCCAGGACAUGUCUGCACAAAAAAUCUGGGCUCUCAUUUAUGAAACCUAAUGGUUAUAACCUUGUCUUGCAAAUUCUUCAGCUAUAUCCUCAACCUGUCUAUAUUUUAUGCAAAAAGGGUUAAUGUGUUGUUGCAAAAAUGCAAACAGUCAAACUGACUAGUAUUUCUAACUUAUGAAGAAGAAAGAAAACACUGUUAUGCUCACAGGGUGUUACAGCAGUAUGUUAUCUUCCCAAGGGUGUGUAAAGAAAACAAAACAGAGAUACAAUCAGGGAGGUAAAUACCAUCAGUGAUGACCCAAAUGUCAGUUUUGGGUACAGUUAGUGGUUUUAACUGCACUCCCAACCUGAGUCACUGUGAAGCCUAAACUGUCUCUUUAAUCUCUUAUUUAAUGGAGGCAUGAUUCUCAGAGCAGGACUCGAGAACUUAUUGGCCAUUGAACCAGCCUGCAGAAGGCAUAAUAUAUAUAUUAAUAUAUUCUAUUAAUAAUAUAUUAAUGUAUUAAUCUACAAGACCAUGACCAACGUUUGGUGCUAGAUUUUGUCGCUACAUUUUGAACAAAUAAGACUCCCAGCUAACCUCUCAAACUUGUUCAAUCUUAAGCCUUCUGCUGGAAGGAUUAUUUUAUAAUUACAUGGAUCUUUUUUCGGGUCUAUUUUAUCAGAUUUUAAAAAUGCCUUCUGGUAUGUGAUUUGGACAAUACUUAGUGUAGUGAAGAAGUGAUCCCUUCCUAAUGUGACUCUGUUGUAAAAGAUGGGGGACAUAAUCCAUUCAUCAUUCUGUGCAAAAAUGCAUUCUGAAUUUCAGCUGAAGCUACUGUGAUAUGUGGCUUUAGGAGUCUGGAGGCACUAGUAUACUUAUAAGACAGUGCUUGUCAGAUUUUCAGAACAGCAUCCGAAACUACUUGUCCCCACAACCUUAAGAUCAUUGUAAGUGGGUGGGGCACUGCCUUUGACAAUUUUUUAAUUACUUUUCUGAAACCAACAAUCCAACAAGCCUGCCCACUUCACGCAGCAUCUGGCCAGGUGUGCAGUAGUGAGAAAGUCGGGAAGAUUAGAUUUUUUCUGUAAAGUUCUCUUUUUUCAUUCUUCGAACAACCAUGUUCUGUCACUUUUUGUACAAAUAACUGUCUGAAGCUGUAUGCAGUAAUCCCCAUUUGUGCAUUUAUUUAUCUAACAGUAUAAUUACGCUGUUCCCAGGGAUACUUCUAGCAAGAAGUCUGUGAAGAUUCUCAGUCAUCCAGGUCAUAGUUAUCCAAGUCUAGUUGCCCUUGAUUUUAACCUUCCUUGGAUUCUAACAAGAAGUAUCCCUCUACUGCAGCUGAUCAAGGAAAUGUCCAGGGAAACACAAAGAGGGAAUUUCAAACUAAAAUGCAGUAACUUUGGAAGAUACCCAUGCGUCAUAUUAGUUUUCGCUAGCUUUCUUACAGUGGUCACAUUAGAACGCAUCUGUUCACAGCCUGUAUGAACAGGAGGAAUAAUCACAGCAACCAUUAACUCUAUCAACAUACAUAUGGCAUUUUCAGAAGCUUUUGUCCGCAUGAUAUUUGUUGCCUUUACAUACACCUUAGUAACCAUGUUAUUUUGCUUUUUUAGUGUGUAUGUCUGUGUCAUAGGGGGCCUAAAACAUGAAGAGAAGACAUGCAGACUGACUGAGUGGUGUAUGUGUGUGAUUUUAAGUCAUAGACAGAUGUUCAGCAGAGGCUGCAGGCAUUUUCCAGCAGUAAAUUGCCUGUCCUUUCAUCCACCUGCUCCACUGUUACUGGCCCUGUCUUAAGUAUUUCGUAAUGUACAUGCGUGCUUGUCAAAAUCUGAUUAGAAACCCGGUUACCUGUAUACAUAGCAGAGAAAUGACGGUUCUCCAGGAGAAAUGUUUCUAAUCUCCUACCCUGAUUACAGAAAUCCGGUUUAUAUUUUUUUCAUUUACAUGACAGAAGCUGACUGAUGUAGACACACACGUUGCCUCCUUUGGGUUUUCGAUCACUCCCCCAUAUAUAACCAGUUAUUACAUGCCUGCGUGGCUACCUUGUCAAUCACACACCCUAAAGCCAUACCCCUGCUUUAGCUUCCAUUUUAUUCUAAAUGGGACCAUCAUUUACUAAAUAAAAAUCAGGCUGUGUUGAAGAAGACUUGAAACUAGCGACUGAGACCAUAAACUCAUCAGGCAAGUGUUUACUGAGGAAUAAAUCAGCUGAGCAGAAGCCUGAUUUUCAUAGAAUUCUGUACAAUCUGAUUUAUUUUGCAGCCCCCUGCUGGCCAUCAGAAAGAAUGAGGGUUUGUGGCACUUCAGCACUGGCUUCACUUUUCAGACCCAGAGGUUCCCUCUUGGACUGUAUUAGGGAGGGCCAGAUCCUAGUACAGCUCUCAGUAUAACUCUGGCACUGGGUUAAAAUGUGACAGUUCAAAUCCCAUCCCAGUCAUUUGAUAAUGUAGCCUAGUGUAUUAUGUUAAAUGGAAAACAUUUUUUUGUUAGAUGUUUGUUUCAUAGUGCAUGUUAGCACAACAUAAUUUAAAUUUUACAGCAUUUUGUUCUUUCUUUUUAUUGAUUAAUGACUGAGACCAAACCAGAUCAUUAAGUAGAUGCUAGAGUUUUUAUAUUAGACAAAUAAUCUGCUCAGUUAUGCAAUCGCAAAAGUAUGAAAUACUAGAUAAAUCAGCUGCCUUAUUGUUAGCUUGUUAGAUGGGGUGUACAUGGAUAUGCUUCAUAGUUGCAAUGAUUUUUCUUUGUUUUAUUUGUCUCUGUUUACUUUGUGUGUACUGUGCAAGGAAAGUCGACCUCUGAUGAUCCUGGCGACUGUGACAUAAAGGCUUUACUCAGUGUUUAAAAAGAUACAAUAUUUGUGUGUUAUCUUUUAGGUCAUCUACUUUAAGUUAUCAUGUUAAAGAAAAGGUUUAAUUCAGUUUCAGUAUUAGUCCGUAAUCAUCUUAUAAAUGUAUGAAACAAUUAAACAGUUUCAGAAUAUGUUUGGUAUCAUGCAUUUUAGUGGAAACCUUUUUUCCCCCCGAUGGAUCAUUAGCUGCCUUGUCAAUUUAGCAAAACGUAUUAUCAUUAAGUUCUUGUAGAAUUUGGGUAAAAUUUGAAGUUUUAGAGCGAGUGCCAAUACAUAACAAUUUCAAACAAAUCACAACCCUGUUUCUGACAAUGUUGCACUUAUUCGUAUGUCAGGAAAUGUAAGUGUAAGAAUUACAUAUUUGAUGAUCAAAGGUGUGUUUUUUUUUUAAAUGUAGCAAUAAUAAGAAAAACUGUAACUGUACACUUCAAAGCAUGGACAAUGUUGUCAUUUAUUUAUUGUAUCUUAAGUAUACUGUUUGCUUUUGUGCUGCACCCGCUGUCUAGUAAUCAACCUGAUGCUAUUUAUUUAAACAGGUUAUGUAUAUGCCAUGAUAGGAUAGAAAUGCAAUAAAAGAUUCUGAGAAAUUGUUUCAGAUGAUUAAAUUCA